AUGGUAAUGCACACAGUUGUUAAUAAUACGUCAAAAUCUUCAUCGGAAUAUACAGCGCCAAGAAAUUGUAGUUAUAAUGGUAUAGAUUAUUCAAAUCUUUUCGCAGAAAAUGGUUAUAGUAGUAAAGGUGUAAAGAUUGGAAAUGGUGAGCAAUAUUUAUUUGAAUGGAAUAUUUGUGGUCCAUCACCAAAUUGUAGAGCUCGGGAUGUUUCAGCAUGUCAAACCGAUAGCAUUAAAUCAAACUUUCAAGUAGCAGGUCAACUAUCAAGAAUGCAAUGGUCUACUGAUUCUUUUAAUAAUACAAUCAUUACUUACAAUUCAUACAAUUCAUACCAUUGUACAGGAAAUGUAGAAAGAAAGUUUCAAAUUCAAUUGCUUUGCGAUGGUGAGUAUUUAACAUCAGAGGAUGUAUAUGAAAGCGAAGAAUGUUCUUAUUUUGUUAAACUCCAUGGUGCAUGUGGUGUUGGUCAACAACCACCCAAUUCAAUCAAGUAUCCAACAAAAAUGCUAUCUAAUAAAGCAAACAAUUGUAGUUAUAAUGGUAUUGAUUAUUCAAAUCUUUUCAAUGCAGAAAAUGGUUAUAUCAGUAAAGGUGUAAAGAUUGGAAGUGGUGAGCAAUUUUUGUAUAAUUGGAAUAUUUGUGGUCCAUCCCCCAAAUGCACAGGUGUCGAUAUUUCAGCAUGUCAAACCAAUACUUAUGGAUUUAAUAAUCAAGAAGUUGGCCAACUAUCAAGAAUGGAGUGGUCUAAAGAUUCUUUUAAUAAUACAAUCAUUACCUACAAUUCAAACAAUUCACACCAUUGUUAUGGAAAUGUAGAAAGAAAGUUCCAAAUUCAAUUACUUUGUGAUGGUGAAUAUUUAACAUCAGGGGAUGUAUAUGAAAGCGAUGAAUGUUCUUAUUUUGUUAAACUCCAUGGUGCAUGUGGUGUCUACCAACAACAAACCAACUAUAUAGCAUCUUCAUCCUCAAACACAUAUCCAACUGAAAAAUCAACACUAACAGCAACAUCAACUCCAUAUUACAAACCAAUUAAUUGUAGCUAUAAUGGUAUUGACUACUCAAAUCUUUUUAAUGAAAAUGGUUAUAGCAAAGAAGGUAUUAAAUCUUCAAGUGGUGAAAAAUAUUUAUAUUAUUGGAAUAUUUGCGGUCUCUCACCAAUGUGUAAUGGUAAUGAUAUCUCUGCAUGUCAAACUAAUCAAUUUGGGUAUGGUUACCAAAUAACAGGUCGACAAUCUGAAACAGAAUGGUCCACAAACAUUUGGGGUAACCCAAUAAUUACUUAUAGCUCUGACAAUUCAUACAACUGUCCAAAUGAUAGUAAAAGAAAGUUCCAAAUUCAAUUAUUGUGUGAUGGUAAAGAGUUUGAAAUAGAGAAUGUAGCCGAAAACAACGAAUGCUCCUAUCUUGUCAGAAUUCAUGGUGCAUGUGGAAUUGAUCAAGAACCAUCAAGUUUUGCCAAAAGGUUUAUAGUUUAUCAUCAAAAUAUCAUCAAAAAUCCAACUAAAAUAAUUGUUCCAAUUGGUUUAUUUAUAUUAAUAUUAGUAUUAUUAAUUGUAGUUUUAAUUUAA